AUGUUCGAAGCGUUGGUUACGUUUCUACUCGCGUGGAAGCGGCUGUGGUUCUGCGCGCGCCCCCACUUCUCUGCGUUCCCAGCUCUGGACACGCCCGUCGGCCCCAUGGACCUGGACUGGGAUUUCGUCGGCUCGCCGGCGAAGAAGGCCCGUCGGAACCCAGCGGUGGCUCUUGUCAAGAAACCGCCCUCGGCUGGCUCAUCGACGCUGUCGACGCUUCGGCGCCCAGCAGCUGCCGCCCCCAUGUCGUCGACGGUUCGGCGCCGCCCAGCAGCAGCCGUUGAUCCCACUACUCAGAGGCCAAAGGUGGCCACGGGGUGUUGUUGCACGGGGUUGGGGGCUGACGAACUGGCCCUGGAGUCCAUCGGUGUGAACGCAGCACCCGUCUUCAUGUUUGAGCAAAAGGUGCACUUGCGCGAGCAUUUGGCCGCCAAUUUCCCCGAUUGCGAUGUCAUAUUGGACGACGCUUCGUCCGCCCCGUUCACGAGGCGCGCUCCGUUCGCCCACUGCAUCGCUGACGAACUCCGUCAGACCCCCGAUCAGCGAUACCUCAAGCGCGUGCAGCCGUGGGCCUUCGCACUUGAAAACGUUCCUGGGUUGGUUAACAUUCGCGCCGAAUGCGUCGCUUGGAUCCUGAAGCAGCUCGAGAACAUCAAAGGCCAUAAUAACCAGCCCCUGCGUGACGUCCGCUGGCAGAUUCUUCGCACCCCCAAGAAGGUCGCCAACGGCCAGCCCGCGGCGACGGCGAACCGCCAGCGCAAACAGGUUAAGCUGUUCUAUCAGACUUGCGAUAGCCCCAAGAUCAUUUCCAAACGCGGGGUGGCCGUUGACGCGGGCUCCAGCGCGUUGAAUCACAGGGCCAACAUGAUGCCCUGCUCGACCGCUUCGCGCGGCGCAUCUUCUGGGUUCUGGUCGGCAUCCCGGCGCCGCAAGGCCGCCGUUGAUGAGAUGGCGCGCGCGCAGGGCACGGGCCCGGGCCGCGUUCGCUCCACAGGGUCGGAUCGGCAGUUCGGCCAUGCGUUGGGGAACGCAAUGAGCCAGAAUGUCCUGGAGCGUUUGUUCGCGCAGUUGUUGCCCUCGGCGGGGUUGGCGAAUCAAGGCCAGCUGCUCGACCGGCCAGGCUCGGCCUCGAGCUCCGAGCGCCGCGGCAGGGCCAGCGGCGGCCAGCUGCUCGCGGCGUCCGUCGCCCCUGGAGAUCGCCAGGGGUCCAACGCCACGAGCAGAAACGCGGCGCCAGACGAGAGUGACGUCGUUUUUAGUUCCUGGCGUGGCUCCCUGGACACGGCUUCUCCGGCUUCCCGGAAGCCUCCCGGGAGCACAGCAGCCGCUGGCUCCGCCGCUGCCGCGGGCUCCCGCCUCGGACGCCGCCGCGUGCGGCGCGUCAGGGCGUCCGCCCAGCCGUCGAACUCGAGGCCGAACGCCAUCAUCACCUCGAGCCUCGGCGCCAGCGCCAGCGUCACGCGGCCCCAGCGGCGCGGCCAUGGCGAAGGCCAGGGCCAAGCACGCGGAGCGGGUGACGGCGGCGACAGUGCGCCUCGGCGCAUGGGCGUCCACCGCCGCGCGGACGGCCGCAGCGACGAGCGCGGCAGCACCGGCGGCAGAGAGAGCCCCUCUAGCCUCGCCACGAGCAGCCAUCGGGACGGCCGAGCUGGGCAAGGACCCGCGGCGCUCCUGGCGCCCGGCGCGGCGGCGCCGCGGCGCGCCGCGGCGCUCGCUCCGGCCGCGGCGCACCUGGCGGCGUGCCUCGGGGCCGGCCGCGCGGGUGCUGUGGAGGAGGGCGUCUUGGUGGUGCGACCGCAGAAGGGCGAGCCCCUUUUCUCGUUCGAGCUGCCCACAGGCGGCGAGUUCACGCCCGGCCGACCCCGAGGGGACCCCACUCAGCAAGGGCCACUGGCGCUGUACAACAGCGCGAAGGGCGCCAGCAUCGUCUGCAGGCCGCCGACGGAGCCCGGCUUUGUCAGGAUGCGGUCGCCCAUCCAGACGACCGCACACCAUAGGAUUUACUUACAAAGGAUGGCCGUGAGUAGUGCGUAGUGAUGUGGAAAAACAGAGUGGACAGUCUAUGAGACAAGUGCUGGCCAGCAGUCGAAUGCGAGUUCUGAUUGGGAUCUUCGAGAGGGGAUGUGCCCUUGGGGCCACUGGUUCAGCCCCGAGCAUAGUGUGAGUGACGUCCAGGAGGAUUUGGAGUGCAAGUUCAAGGACCUGAAGGAGGAUGGCAGAACAGAGGUCCAGCAUCGCUGGUACCGCAUCGUGCGCGAUGCGUCGGGGGCGAGGUCGGCGAUUAUGAUCGUGGUGAUACCCGAGGAUACUUUCAAGGAAGAAGGCCAGAAGAUGCAAAGGAUAGUGAGCUCCUUCAAGCUCGGCAUCUGACGGUGAGGGGCGUCGGGCCCCCGCGCGCGGCGUCUCCCUUUGGGGAGCCACCAUGGACUCCCACUGGAUGUGUUGCGCUGCCUGUUGUUUUCUCUGCGCAGUGCGCAUACAUGGCGUUGCUGCGGAGGUACGAUCUUGUGCCGCGCUUCCAUCAUACUCAUCGCCAUCACCGCUUACAUUAGCACGUAUUGCACGUGUGUGGAAUUGUUAUCGGCGUCGUAGGCCCAGAACCGUGACCAGCAUCAUUUCGACAGUGCUGUGGCCACGACGUUGCUGUGAGA